AUGUCGGCGGCGGAAGUCAGUGGCACGGAAGCGAAAAACUGCGACAAGGGGCAGCCUGUCGUCGUAAACGUCCAACAAGUAAUGAAUGUUCAACAACCAGUUCGAGCGUGCAACCAGGUUCAGCAGCCUGCAAGCUUUCAAGAGGCAACAUGUGCACAAAAAGUUAAUACAAUCUUUGUACUAAUCUUUUUCUUGCUCGUGGGAAGUUUCAUCCUCUUUGGCUUCGUCAAAUUCUUCCGAGAUGUCGUCAUGGCUGACGCCAGUGACUGA